AACCUGGGACCAAGAGGGAUAGCUCCUUUCCUGUGCAAUCUGGCAAAUCUGGGAGACAGCAGCCUCCGUGCUCUGGAGAAUAUGGGUUCUUACUGCUGCUUCAAUUUUCGAUGUAGUAUCAAUUGUACGUGGCCUUCUCGUGAUGCUUGCGCAAAAGCGCUGGGUUUGCGUUGCGUGUCAGGACUCGCUUUGAUUCAGCAUCCUCCUCUCGGUGAUUCACAAAGGAGCAGGAAAUCAUAAGUGCAUUUAACAAUUUGACCUGUCGCUUUUUGCUCUGUUUCCAGAUUUCAUAAUCAAAGACAAACUUCAUGCAGAUCACAAACCCACUGAUUCCAAAAUGUGUCUCUCCUACGCAUGGUACGCUCAGCCCCCUUGUACCAUCCAUUUACAAUACAGCGCUAAUUUAUAGGCAAUACAAAUGCGGCUGCAUUGCUCAAAAGCCAUCCGACAACAUUCACCGCUGCUCAUCAUGGGAGUCCCGACGGCCCUGCAAGCCCAAGCAACUUUUCUCAUAUCUUCAUGUCGACUGUAGCGUGUCAUGUCGCUGGGACACAGGCAAUGACAGAGAUCAGCCUCAACAAGAAGACUGGUACCUCCAGAACGGCUCAUACCAAGGCGAGCCCUCCGAGGAAGACUACUACUUCCACCGAGUCCCAGCGCAACUCAAUGAGCCCAUCUCUGUGCGCAAGUACAAACAUAGAGAAGCGACAGCAGCUCGGCAGAGAUCGAUAGUCAGUCCUGGUGAUCGAAAAGUUACAGCGCACGGUGGUGGAAAGGAAACAGAAUCGAGCGAUGGAGAAGAUCAGGCGUUGGAUCUUGAUUCAGAUAUCAUCGUCGAUGAGUCGAAGCCGGCGGAGCACCACGUAUCGAAGGCAAACUUUGGCGGUCGGUUUGCACGAAGAAAGAAGUAAUUGGAGACGGUUCUCCGGGGUACGGUCUACUUGCUGAUUGGAAGCGUUGUAUAUUGCACGUUGCUGUACUCGAACAUUCGUUGGGUUGGGGGGUGCCUCGAGGUAGGCAAUGUUUUCUCGAUGGUUUGUCGUACAAUCAAGAUCCUUUCUGAUGUUCGUCUUUGUUCACUGCACCCAGGUAUCAAGGUUUCUGAUACAGCAUCGGUUUGCUAUGCAACUGCAUGG